AGCGGCCCCAGUGUCGCACUCGACGCCCGUUCCUCCUCAGGCACACACUUCGUCCAAGAGAGCAAUCAUGAAGGCCGUUUGUACCGUGGCCUUGGUCGCCGCACUGUGCGUCGCUCCCCUCCGAGCUGAACGGCCUCCGCCCGGAGUGUUGCGUCCUCUGCCCCGCCCCGGCCAUGAGGGCGUGCGCACUCUGCCGGCUCUUUUGCCUGACGACCUGAGGCAGACCAGGCCUUUUGUCCGCCCCGACGUCCCUUCCUUCCAGCGACCCCAGAUCCAGCCCCGACACCCGUCCUUUCUCAUGCAGACGAAGCCUCUUCCCUGCCCAGUGGGAGUUGAAACUCUGCCAGCAGAAUUGCCUGAGGAUCUCAAGCAGGCAAGACCCUUUGCUCGUCCAGCAGGAGUAAACACACUUCCUGCUGACCUUCCUGAAGAGUUCCAAGACUCAAUGAAGCAGACAAGACCCUUUGCUCGUCCAACAGGAGUAAACACACUUCCUGCUGACCUUCCCGAGGAUCUUCAAGGCUCAAGGAAGCAGACAGGACCGUUUGUCCGUCCCGACGUCCCAUCCUUCCAGCGACCUCAGAUCCAGCCCCGACACCCGUCCUUUCUCAUGCAGACGAAGCCUCUUCCCCGUCCAGUGGGAGUCGAAACUCUGCCAGCAGAAUUGCCAGAGGAUCUCAAGCAGACAAGACCCUUUGCUCGUCCAGCAGGAGUAAACACACUUCCUGCUGACCUUCCUAAGGAUCUUCGAGGCUCAAGGAAGGAGACAAGACCUUUUGUCCGCCCCGACGUCCCCUCCUUCCAGCGACCUCAGAUCCAGCCACGACACCCUUCCUUUAACAAACAGACGAAACCACUGCCUCGUCCUCUCAGAGGGGCAACUCUGCCAGCAGAACUCCCAGAGGAUCUCAAGCAGACAAGACCCUUUGUUCGCCCAGCAGGAGUAAACACACUUCCUGCUGACCUUCCUGAAGAUCUCCAAGGCUCAAGGAAGCAGACAAGACCUUUUGUCCGCCCCGACGUCCCUUCCUUCCAGCGACCUCAGAUCCAGCCCCAAUACCCAUCUUUCACCAAGCAAACAAAGCCUCUGCCUCGUCCGCUAGAACUUCCGGGGGAUCUCAAGCAGACAAGGCCCUUUGAUCGUCCUCCAGUCCCAUCCUUCCAGCGUCCCAAUCCUUGGUCUCUCCAUGUGCCUCAGGGCGAAGCCGAGAUCUGCCAGAGCUGCGAGCGCCUUCCCUUCGUUCGCCGAGGAGUCUGUUGCAGGCGGUGGAACCUCUGCUGUUGAAGAACCUCGUGGCUGCAGGUCGACAGAUGACAUCCUGUGAUUUUUUCAUAAUUGUCAAUAUUGAUGACUGGUUUGGUGGAUAAUGGAAGUGUCAAGUUUCACUGUAAUACCCACAACAUAUGUAACAUAAAAAACGAUUUUUUAAAAAUAUUUUAGAAUCCUUGCAGUAUUUUCUGUGUGUGUGUGUAUAUAUAUAUAUAUAUAUAUAUAUAUAUAUAUAUA